AUGGGUUAUGACAAGCUGCUCAUUCCUCAUAAAAUGGCAACCCGCUCCUGGAGCUCCGCUUGUCCUGCAUCCCCUCUCAUCAAGGAGAGUUGGGACCCACUCUUCUGGCAACCGCUGGAAGUUUCCCUUGAACAAGCAAUCUCCCUCAUCUUGGGGUUGCAAAACCAAGUCCUCCGGCUCAAGCGGGAACUCAAGGAGACAAAGGAAGCAACCAAGGAAGCCCAAGACUGGAUGGGAGCAGGGUGGAGCCCCCACACACCAGAAGACCGGAAGCCCCCGGCAGUUGAGGCCACGCCCAGGCCCAUACCCAAAACCAACCCUCUUCCAGCACCUAGCACGCCCCUUAUCUCCUGGGCCAACCCCACCAAAACUACCUUUGCACAGCCAACCCCUGUCAGGGCCCCCCUGCAAGUCCAUACUCCCCCUCCACCUUUGCCUAUCUAA